AUGGGAGUGCCUCCUUAUAAUCUUUCGGAGCAGCCCAGCGCGGAAGACAUUCUUCAGCUGCUGGACAAUGCUGGUUCAUCAGGCAUUCCAGACACCCGGACCCUCGCGGUGUCUCCGGACAACGUUGAUCUGACCUCGCUUACCUCUCUCGAAGCAGCGCAUCGCGCGCGGGCGGACUGGCAGUUGGGCCUUCAAUCUACGCUCAGCAGUCUCAGAGAUAGAGACAUGGUCACCUUUGAUGUCAAGGAAGAGCUGAGUAGCGGGCUCACAGAGGAAGGAAACACGAUUGCGAAUGAGGGAAGUCACGAGGCCAGGUUGUGGGCUGCUCUACCUGCAGACGCAGAGGAAGGAAAGAGCAUGCAAGACUUGCAGGUGAGAUCGCUGUAUGCCGUCCUGCUCCUCGGUGAACCUCGACUGUGCCACUCACACCGUGAUCAAAUCCUACUUGGAAGACAUUGCUCACCGCCGGCGUCCUGAAGAUUGCUCAAGGCAAGGCAUUCGCCAAGAAGUGGGUGCGGAAACAUCCUUCUGUUAAUGGCGCACUAGCUCGCGUCCCAGGAGUAGACAAUAUCGUGGAUGAAACCAGAACACAGCUAGCCGGCAUUAGAGACGGCAGCAUCAGGCCAUCAGACAAAGACUUGGCGGAAUUGCGAAAAAGGAAACUGAUUGUAGCCAAGUGAGUUGGCUUUCUUUCGUUGUGUGUAUGCAGUGUGACUGAGCUUCUCCACUCGCUCAGGAAAUGGGUUUAUUUCUCCCUCAAAAAAGGACCUGCGUUUGCUCUCAAGGUUGAGAAACUCGAGACUGAUCUGUCCUUCGAGAUGCUCCAGAAUGGAAGCUGGAAAGACAAGCCGUUCAAGAAGUACAAUUUUGAAGCGGAUGGCGUAGAGCCGAGUGCUGGGGCCCUCCAUCCUCUACUCAAGGUCAGAGAAGAGUUCAGAAACAUAUUCUUUGAGAUGGGGUGAGUUUGUCGAGCCUUGACACUGCGCACGAGAGCACUGGGGAAGGCUGGGAGUGCCGCGCUUACGAGUGAUGCGCGCUUCUCAUCGCCCUGUCCACUUUUCCUCGUCUGUCUCUUGCAGCUUCACAGAAAUGCCCACGAACCGCUUCGUGGAAAGCAGCUUCUGGUGCUUCGAUAGUCUCUUCGUCCCCCAGCAGCAUGCUGCGAGAGACGUGCAAGACACAUUCUUUGUCAAAGGUACGUCACUGCACUUCCGUUGAGGCAUUGGAGCUGCCAAGGUAUCUGUAAUCCAACCUCUGAGAUCGCCCGUCGUGCCCGACUAUCUCUGUAGAUCCACCAGCAGCGAAGGAUCUUCCAGAAGAUUACUUGAAGAAGGUGACGCAAGUCCACGAGGAGGGUGGUUUUGGCUCGACGGGAUACCGCUACCCAUUCUCUCGAGAAGUCACCGAGAAGCUGGUUCUUCGAACGCACACCACCGCAGUGUCUAGCGCGAUGUUGUAUCAAUUAGCCAACGCGCCGGGAGGCUUCAAGCCUGCCAAGCUCUUCUCCAUCGACAGAGUGUUCCGCAACGAAGCGGUCGACGCGACACACUUGGCCGAGUUCCAUCAAGUGGAGGGUGUCGUGGCGGAUUACAACAUCACCUUGGGAGAUCUCAUCGGCUUCAUGCAGAUCUUCUUUGAGAAGAUGGGAGUGAAAGAUCUUCGCUUCAAGCCGGCUUUCAACCCUUAUACCGAACCUAGUCUAGAAAUCUUCUCCUACCACAAGGGUUUGGGCAAAUGGGUCGAGAUCGGUAAUUCGGGCAUCUUCAGACCAGAGAUGCUGAGACCAAUGGGCUUGCCCGACGGUGUCAAUGUACUUGGAUGGGGUGAGUGAGACGCCUACGCGCACCAGGUGCUGGAGGCAUCGCAACUGAGUGAUCUCCCAUGUUACCUUAACCUUGCACCCAGGUCUGAGCUUGGAAAGGCCCACUAUGAUCAGGUAUGGCAUCAACAACAUCCGAGAAUUGGUUGGGCACAAGGUAGACAUUGAGGGUGAGUUGCUGCUUGCAAGAGUUUCCAGCUGCUGCACUACUUGCUGUGGCAUUUCGAAUUGCGAAAGGCUUCGCGUGCUGACUUCGUCAUCUGCCCACUGCUUCUCAGGUGUCGAGAAGGCUGCAGCAGUCCGUUUCCCAUGA